CAGAGCUCAGAAGGGUGUGUUUUAUGUACCACUGCAGCAUCAGUGCAAAAAAAGACACGAGAAAAGGCACGACAGACAGGAGAGAGCAAAUAAAGACAGAGACCGAGAGAAGAAGAGAGACAGACGAGGAGAAAGGAGGAUAAAAGAAAAGCAGAGAGAGAGAGAGAGAGACCAACACCUGCGGAGCCGGAGAAGGGAUCGCAUCAUUCAGAGCUUCACUUUGGGCUGUGAAAGCAACACACACACAACUUAAAACGCUGUUGUUUACUCGUCACCUUUCUCCAGAGGGUCUGGCCGGUCCCUGGAGUGUGUGUCUGGUUGGGUGCAUAAGGAGGGUGUGCGUUUUUUUUAUGUGUUGAUGAGUGUGUGGGUGUCUUGCGUCACUUUUCAUGGGACAUUGAAAGAUGUGUGUGUCACAGCGUCGGUGGACGGGCUAUAGGGGGCCAUGCUCCCCCGCCCUCCCCCUGAUCCUCCUCCUCCCUCUGUCCUUCCUCUCGUCCAUGCCUCUUCUUGCUAAGGGAGCCAUUCACAUCCCCCCAAACUAUAAAGGGCAAAACAUGUCAGAGCCUCCGGUGCUGACGGAGAUGCCGAUAUCCUCCACAGCCUUUUCUCGAGAGGACAUCAAUCUGCCCUGUGAGGCCACUGGUAACCCGAGACCCAUUUUCCGCUGGGUGAAGGACGGGGAGCCGUUCGGGGUGGAGCGUAAAGAAUCCGGGACGUUGCGAGCCGAAGACGAUGAGCCCCUCGAAACGUAUGAAGGCUACUACCGCUGCUACGCCUCCAACAUCCUGGGGACCGCCAUGACACAAACCAUACAGGUCAUAGUGGAGCCUCAACCAGUUCUUCUAAAACAACAAAAAAUACAUAAAAGAGCUUCAGAGGGAGACAGCAUCAUCCUGUCCUGCAACCCUCCAGAAAGCUCCACUCCUCCACUCAUCCACUGGAUGGACAAGAGGAUGGUGCACAUCAAGCAGAGUGACAGAGUGAUGGUCGGCCUGGAUGGGAACUUGUACUUUUCUAAUCUUCUAGUGACUGACAGCAGAGACGACUACAUCUGCCAUGCCCAGUACACAGCAGCCAGGACUAUUCUCCCUGAGACUGCGGUCAGACUCAUUGUCACGCCCAGUAAUGAUGUCGUUCGUGGUAGAAAACCCCACUUCUUCCGUCCCACUGACAUCCACACCUCUGUGCUGGCCCUCAGGGGACAAAGCCUCACCCUGGAAUGCAUCCCCAAGGGCCUACCCACUCCAAAGGUAGAAUGGAAAAAGAAGGACAGUGCGCUGGGUGAAACAAGUGGCAGACUGGAGAGCCACAACCGCAUGCUUCACUUCGAAAGCAUCGCCCUGGAAGAUGACGGAGAGUACGAGUGUACAGCCCUGAACAGCCACGGGUCCGCCACACGCUCCUUCACUGUCACUGUGGAAGCGGCUCCCUACUGGCUGAAGCAGCCUCAGAACCUGCUGUACUCUCCCGGGGAAACUGUGCGACUGGACUGUCAGGCUGAAGGGAUCCCGAAGCCCAACAUCACCUGGAGCAUCAAUGGGGAGCCAGUCGCAGAGGUGGACGACGAUCCCCGUCGGAGUGUAUCGGGUGGUGUGUUGAUACUGAAGGACGUCGAGUACGCUGACACCGCUGUGUAUCAGUGUGAGGCCACCAACAAACACGGCUCCAUCCUCCUCAACACCUACCUCCAUGUCGUUGAGCUUCCUCCUCAGAUCCUGUCCUCUGAUGGAGUGGUGUACAGAGUCACUGAGGGCAAAGACAUCAAGCUGCACUGUGAAUCCUUCGGCUCGCCACGACCACAUGUCACAUGGGAGGGUGAGAACAGGAUUCCUCUGCUGUCGGACCCUCGUGUCUCCCUGCUGACCAACGGGACGCUCGAGCUGUCCAAUGCUGGUCAUGAUGACAGCGGAGAGUACACCUGCUCUGUCAAACACUCCAACAUCUCCAUCACUGCUCACCUGGAAGUCUUCAAUCGAACAGUGAUACUGACGAGCCCCCAGGACGUGCGGACGCUCAGAGGAACCAGCGCUCUGCUGGACUGUCACUUCCUCAUAGACCCUCAGCUGCCUAAUCCCCAGGUCGUCUGGAAGAAAAAUGGACAGAAACUGCAGGCAUCGUCACCAGAUGACAAGUACACUGUCCGUGACAAUGGCACCUUGAAAGUGACUGACAUCCAAGCAGACGACAAUGGUUCUUAUUCCUGUGAAGUCAUCACCGACCUGGACAACAUAGAGGCCAGUGGCUCCAUCACUGUAGUCGCACCCCCGGACCCCCCCAAAGGUCUGACUUUAUCUGAUGUUGAAGACCACAGCCUCACUCUCAGCUGGAUCCCAGGACACUCACACAACAGCCCCAUCACAGAGUUCAUCGUGGAGGCCCGAGAAGAGCAGCACACAGAGCAAAAGAAGUGGCAGUGGGAGGAGUGGAAGAGAGUGCCCGGGGCCUUCAACCAUUUGGAGCUGACCCUCCACCCAUACUGCACCUACCGCUUCCGGGUCAUCGCCGUCAACGAACUCGGCCGCAGUGACCCCAGUGAGCCCUCAGAACACCACAGCACGCCACCAGCUGUUCCUGACCGUAACCCCACUGGUGUGCGCAGUGAGUCCAUAGACCCAAAGACUCUGAUCAUUGCAUGGGAUGAGAUGGACAAGCGGUUCCAUAACGGCCAGGGCUUCCUGUACAAGGUGUCAUGGCGGGAGGCUGGGAGGAGCAGCAUACACUGGGAAAAUGUUGAUGUACAGUCUCCGCCGGUCGUUAUAAACAACACAGGAACGUACACGCCGUUUGAAAUCAAAGUCCGGGCUGUCAACUCACUCGGAGACGGGCCGGAACCAGAGCCUGAGAUCGGAUACUCCGGAGAGGAUGAGCCUGAGGAAGCUCCUACUGGAGUUACAACAACCGUGAUGAACAGCACAGUCAGAGUCAAGUGGAACGAAGCCCAGAAUGUCCGAGGUCUGCUGCUGGGAUACAAGCUCUACAUCAAGAGGUUGGGUCCCCAGGUGCAGAGGGAGCGGAGGUCUCUUGGAAAACAGCAUCAGGGGAAGGAGAAAGAGGGGAGAUUUGAGCAAGGGCAGGAGGGACACAGGGUGGUGCUGGUACCCAGCAUGAAGACCUCAGAGGAGGUAACAGGGCUGCAGCUGUACUCUCGCUAUGAGCUGUCUGUCACUGCCUAUAACAGCAAAGGGGAGGGCCCUCACUCCCCCCCUCACCACUUCAGCACCCCAGAAGGAGCUCCUGGUCCUCCUGCGUCGUUGACGUUUGAGAGCCCAUCAGAGAAAUCGCUGAUUCUCUACUGGACCCCUCCAGUUGAAACCAAUGGCAUGCUGCGGGAAUACAUGGUGCAGUAUCAACGAGAAGUGGAGACCAGAGACCACCUGUUGCAGAUAGAGAGUAUCAAUGAUCCCAGUGUGACUCAAAUUGAGUUGGACAAUCUGGACCCCAGCAGCUAUUACAUCUUCAAAGUCAUAGCACGCACCAGCGCUGGAGAUGGACCCGCCAUCACACGGAGGGGCGCCACCCAGCUUGAAGGAGUUCCUCCAUCCAACAUCUCCAUAGUUUCCGGUAACACAUUACUCAACCUGAGCUGGGUGCCCGGAGAGCGACGCAGGAACCACGCCUUCCACAUCCGCUACCUCAGGAAAAGUGCCGGUGGUCAGUGGGAGGAGUCAGAAGUGGUGAACUCCACGCAGGGUUUCUAUUCACUGACAGGCCUCCAACCAGGAACUCAGUACCACCUUGUGAUCAUGCACGGAAACGACACUCAGUGGGAAGAUGAGCAUUGGACCAUAGGACCAGCGCCGACGGAAAUGCCCAAUAGGUUCCCCGCCCAAGGUUGGUUGAUAGGACUCAUCAGCGCCAUUUUACUGCUGGUGCUGAUACUGCUCAUCCUCUGCCUUAUCAAACGCAGCAAAGGCGGCAAAUACGCAGUGAAGGACAAAGAAGACAAAGAGAUGGACUCAGAAGCUCGUCCGAUGAAAGAUGAGGAGUACAGAUCCCUGGAGAGUGAUCCAGAUGAGAAGCGCUCAGACAGCCAGCCGUCCCUGUGCCCGGAAAGUAAGCUGGGCAGUGACGACUCUCUGGCUGAAUACGGGGACAGCGUGGACAUCCAGUUCAACGAGGACGGCUCUUUCAUCGGCCAGUACAGCGGCCGGGGGCCCGUUCCCCACGGCAACGAGAGCUCUGGUCCCGCCUCCCCCGUUAACGCAGUCCCGCCCCCCCCCAUCGCUCCAUCCAUGUCGAGCAUCCUGAACCGGCCCACCUAGACGCACACAUUACAAAAACACACACAUAUACACUGCCUGCCUGCAACAAAACACAAAGGGACAGACCACUCCUGACUCCACUGCCUGUGAUCUUAUUGUGCAAGAAUACACACAUACAUACAUACAUAUACACUGUCUCAAUACAUUCCACAGGUUUAUGCAGUGAAGAUGUUUACAGGAUGUCUUGCCUUUUCUACUACAAGUUUACACACACACACGCACACACAAACAAACACACACCUACAAGCAAACACAUACAACCAGAUAGCCCUUCACUCUUCUAUAAGAAAGAAAGACAGAGGGAGGUGGAGCCAGCUGCACCAGCUGUUUGUAAAUUCAAUAUUAGCCAAGAAAGUCUUUACUAAGUCAGAAUGUAUGCAUCACUAAAUUAAAACAGGUUGCACCACACAAACCUGUCGUAACGUGGAGAGAAGACGUUGCUAAAUAUUCACAUCUUGUAACUCCCGGAUGUUACGGCUGAGUAGCUGAUAACCAGCUGAACAAUUUGCCUGCUACAAGAAUAAAAAACACAUACAAAAGUUUAUUUAACUUUAUGAUGGAUCUCUGGCUGAAACAUGAUGCAGUGGGAGACUUCCUUGUUUCCAUUUGUGAAUGCUUUCUGAUUGGACAGUGCCAUAGCGUUUUACUUAGUGCCUGAUUGACACAUUAAUAAGUGUUAUACUAGCUCAGUUUGAAACUAACCAGUGGUUAUCUGUGAGGGUUCUUAGUCAUCCAGGUCAAAGUUACCCAAGGAAAGUUAAAAUCAGGGGCAAGUGGUUCGAGAAUCUUUAACCAAGUCCAGUUGCCCUUGAUUUCAACCUUCCUCGGAUAACCAGUAGUUACUAAGAGCUUAUGAAAGACUUAGCGUGUCUGAAAUAGUGACAGAUUUACAAACAGCUGGUGCAACCCGGUCCAGGUGAGGAAGAUGAUGGCUGAUGUAAUGAAGAGUGAGGCAAAAAUAAAGAGGGGAAAAAGUCAUUUCAUCCUGUACAAACAUACCAUCUCUUUCUGUUCCUUCAUUAAUACAUUUCAUAUCAUAUAUCAAUGUCAAAUUCCUUUUUUAUAUAAACAUCAUCAUUUUUAGUUUUAGUUUUUUUUUACUUUUUGUGCAUUAUUGUCAAACAUCACCACUAUGUGUCUUUGUUUAUGCUCUUUGCGAGCUAUUUAUUUGUGUUUGCGUGCAUGCGUCUGGGAAUGAUUUAGCUAUUUAUGAUGUGUGCGCGGACGUCAGAGUGGCUCCCAAACCUGAGAUGCAUGCCCCUCCCUGAGGCAUUUAAAAACCCUUCCGUUGAUAUUUAGCAUAUGAGUUUACAGACUGACUGUUCGUGUGUGCUUGUUCACGCUCUCCGUCCCUGCCCUGUAACCUGCAGCGAUGGGAGAUCUGUUGCCUUAAGAGAGUCCAGUUGGGCCUCCUCUCCUCUCUCUUUCUGUCCAUCCAUCUGCCAAUCAUCCAUUUCUUCCUUUUCCAUCAUCCUCCUGUUUGCUCAGCAGGUGAUAUGCAGGACCAGGAUGUUACGGUGGCCCUGAGAGCUCAUAGUGCCGCAAACACAUGCAAAGAGAGAACACAACAGAAAUGAUUUCAAUUCAUGUCAUGGACACAAGCAAACAUAUUCAGAUAUUAUGUAAUAUUGUAUGAACUAGUAGGCUAGUAAUCAACAAAAGGCUAACGUUGCAUCCACAGCAAAUAUCUGCAAUAAUACCUGAAUGUGCAAUCAGAAUGUGAAAACUAAUAACCAACAAAAUCAAACAAACCCUGUCAACAAAAAGUGUGUCCCAGGUGUGCUUAACACUUUCGGGUGUCCCCUGGAAGCAGUUCAUUUGUAACUAAUUCACACUGACUUCUGUGCGACUUGCAGCAUAUUUCUGCAUUUUUCCCCUAAAUGCUGCACACUUGUCAUGAAAUUGUUGAAGCUGUUUUCUCUGUAUGUUGCAGUGCAUUGAGCUUUCUGGGCUACCGUAGAUUACAAAACAGAAAGACACUCCUGUGCACGCACACACACACACACACACACACACACACACACACACACACACACACACACACACACACACACACACACCAUGCAUACACUUGUAUACUGAUGCAUGCAUAAAAUGGAGGCCUCUGGAAACCACAUGGAGGUCCGGUCCUCUGUAGCAAAACCAUAUGGGACAGGAGAGAGGGAGGAUGGAGGAAGAGGAGGACAGAAAAAUAUGAGGAGGAGGAGUUGACAGAAAUAGAGAAUCUGAUGUAUCAUUCUCUGAAUGUAAAUAGAACCUUGAGAUUGUCAUUUUUUUUAUUUCCAUUGCUUCUUUUAUAAGAUGAUCAAAUUGUAAUUGUUUUUUUUUUUAAACGAUCUGUUGCUGUGUUUGAUUUUGUACUGCGGCGCUCCUUGCUGACCUGCCUUUAUAUCAUGCCACAUUCCCACCCCUUCCCCCACCCUCCAUCAGCUCCUCUUAGCUUUUCCUCUUGUGUAGCCCAGACACAUUUAGAGAAGACUAGAAUCAUAGCGAGAACAACCACCCCUCCCUUCAUCGAGUUUCUUUAUAGCGUUUAGCGAUGCAGCAGAUUAUAUUGAUUAUUAAGAAGUCAUGUCAUAAAUGUCAACAUUUAUAGACCCGGCCAAGGCAGUGCUGUUUAAUGGUCAUGGGCGAGAUGCAGUCGUGGAUGGACCCGUACUGGAAAUCAAUCUUAAUCCUUAUAGGGUUUCUUUUUGUGGCUACACUGUGCCAGACAAACUCAGUCUGACAUUAUGUGAAGCAGGAUUACCAACCAAGGACGUCCCAUGUGUUUGGACCCAGAGCUGAAGUUUGUUUUCAAUGUUUGGGGAGCAGAGAGGGACUGUAGGGAUGAGCCUGAGGAGUCAUUUCACACAUCUUGAGCAUUAUUGUCAGCAAAUCUGAAAAAAACCCAAAGCUAACAAUGUUGCUGUCUGACUUUCCUGUCUGUGGUUCUCAGCCUCAAGCUCAGUGGUUCCUACUGGAGGCCUAAAUAUUAAAAGAUCCCCUCCACACAUGUUUUAAGACAUAAAAAUACUCUGCUUUGAAUAAUAAUUUGUGUCUGAUGUGGUUUUUCCACAACACGUUUAAUCAACAAUUAGCAAAACACGUUUUUUUUUUACUUGAGGGCGUCACAAAUAUAUAGUUUCAUUUUUUUAAAGGCUCAGUAAUUUUCUAAAACCGCUGCACACUGUAGUUUCUAACAAAUGUAACUUACACAUGAGGUAAUGUUGCAUUUGUUGGGGACUAUUUUCGGCAGCGGAUGAAUCUGCUCUCCAGUGAGUAUUUGGGGCAGCAGGAUCGUGUAUGUGGGACUGAGUCAGAAUAAACUACAGUGUGUGUGUUCAUGUUGAUGAAGGAACAUGUGACCCAGUGCAGCAGUGAGGCUCACAGAUAUACUUGUUAUUAGGUACAUUGACUUUGUGUCCUCAGAACAACAUUCUGUUUUCAUGUGAAAACAACUUGCGCCCUCAUGAGCGUUUCAGUGUGGUUUUAGUCUGUCCACAGUGAACCACCAAUAGAAAACCAGUUAAAUCUCGUCUUCUUCAUCCUCUUUUCAGCCGGCAGACAACAAAACGGCAUCACAGCCAACAUCUGGUGAGGAGUGGGACAGACAGACAUAAAUCGGUGUUUUAUAACUGCAACGGCAUCUGGAAAAAUCACUAUGAAUCCAGGUUCAUGACAACAACUUCUUCAGUUCUUCCUAAUUUUACUGCCACGCAACCCCCGACCUUCACUGGGCAGGUCACAUCAUCAUUUUGCAAAAGCUGUGUUUUCUCCUCACAUGCUGAAACGCACCAAGUCGACGUUUUAAGAUUUAUACACUCUGGAAACGGCUGAACCGGAGAGAAAAGGUUUACAGAUUUAGCCAGCUUAGUGUGGGCGCACUCUUAGCGCGUCUGAUGUCGGAACAUGAAUUAGCAGGAUGUUUACGGGAUGUUUACCUUUACUUGCCUUGUUUUGUGUUGGAAUCAGCCCGUCAAACAAAAAGACACAGGACUAUUGAAAAAACUGGCCUGCUUCAUUAAUCUCUCAGUGUAAUAAUCCGCCAUCCAACCUCAGCAUGUCGCCCUGUUAAAUGUCUCCCAGGUCUGACUGUACAGCCCUGUCUGUCUGUCUGUCUGUCUCUGUUGCAGCCUUCUUUUAUACAUAUAAACACCUUUGGGGGGGGGGGGAUUAAAACAGAAAAAACAUUUUAGG